AUUUCCCCUGAAUUCACUUGUAAACUGAAAUAAACAUUGACUUCAUCUGACACUUAUGUAAAUAAUUACCAAAAUAAAUGUGUUUGACUUUUAAGUGAGUGAUAGGAGAGACUGAAAAUAUGAUUACACAACUUUCCAGGUUUUCUCGACAAAUCCAUCGAGAAUGUUUUAAAGUUUUGUGUCUGACUAGAAAGUUGCAAACCACAGCAAGCGCGGAUCACAAUCAUGCUUCAUCAGCACCAAGCGCAUUAGAUACAGAUCAUGCAGAAGGUGGUAGUACUAAGUAGAAAGUAGACUUUUAGUUUUAGAUUUUUAGUAAAUAAUUUUGGCUAAAUCUGAGAGAUCAUCCCGUGACGUCAUUUGCGUGUUUAUUAUAGUUGCAGUGAAUUAGGGUUUAGGUUAGGUUGAGGGAUUUAUUUUGGGUUCAGGUUAGGCAUAGGGAUAAAUUUAGGGUUCAGGUUAGGCAUAGGGAUCGAUUUAGGCGUAGGUACUUUGGUAAAAAAUUUAAACAUUUUGUAAAAAUAAACCAACGGCAUAGUUGAAUAGAGCUAAUUUUUUACAGAAUUGUAACACCAAAAUCAUAUUUUUAACUGUUGUAGUUUAAGGGAAGCCUUAUACGCAGUCGGCUGCGCAUAACCCUGAGAGUGAGAGUUAUUCCCAGCCGACUGCGUGUAACUCUCAGGAAUUUAGCCAAAUAAGGUUUAUUACCUCUAGUUAAUACACACGGCGAACUCAUAUGAAUGAAACUCUGAGAUAGUACUACAAUAUAGCCGCUAUGCAAGUGACUGUGAAUGGUUGCCAAUGACAACGUGUUGCACAUGGAAAAUUCUGAUCAUUUAUGAUAUGGAUUCUACAUGGUUUUUAAAGCUCAAAUUAAAACAUUCCAGUUUAAAUGUCUUCAAAAUGCAUUCUGAAACACAAGUUAUCAAAUAUUUUGAUGUAUAUAGUGGUAAUAAUUAAAUAUUUCCUGAGUAUCGGCAACUUCCACCAUUAAAUAGGGGGCGUGGCCCACACCAUGUCAAAAUUAGGCUGAGCGACCUUAAGGUGAUAUGGGUCACUUGGAGAGGCGUAACAAACGUCAGACACGACCUACAUCAACGAGAUUCGGCAAAGGUAUACUUCAAUAUCUAAUGCUUUAAACGAUUUAAUAUGAAAGACAAGUUCCUUUUAUUUCACCAAAAAUUUUGUAUGCGAAGAUGCCUUAUAGAUACCGGUACCAAAGAUUUUCAAAAUAAAGGUCCAUUGAAAAAAUCAAAAUAGCUGGAUGGAAAUGUAGGCCAAGAGGUCUUCCAAGUUACAAGGCCGGAAAUGGAACUCAAAUAUAUUUCGAAAGUACUCAUUUAAUAAUAAAUAGACACACACGUUGGAAAAUUAAAAACUCUGAAAUUUCGGCGCAGACGCCCAUUUCCAAUACCCAAAAAGUAGUAGUCUCCCUUGUUUCAUCGAAGUACCUAAUUUAGGGUUCAGGUUAGGCUUAUGGAUCGGUUUAGGGAUACAUUUAGGGACAGAAUUAACUGGUUGUGUCAAACCAAAAUGGCGGAAACCCAGGGACAAUCUCUUGAAAUUUACCAUAAUUUUAACUAAUAAUAAUAGUAAUUUCAAUUUCAUUCAUCUUUCAUGGUACUUGUACAAUCAUUGUACAUAUUCAUUUCAGUUUCAGCACAUAAAUAAUACAAAUUAUCCAAAAAAAUUUUUUUAUAGGCUAUAGAAAAUUUAAAACCAAUAUCAACAUAUUUUGAAAUAGAAGAAUUUAAACACUUAUUCUUUCUUAGUUCUCUCCCAAGGUAACAACGAAGUUUAAAAAAAUAUUAUUUCCCUGAAAACAUUUGAGACUUCAGCCUCACGUGCCAUCUGCAAUUGUGGCAUAUAACAACACCAGCAGUUACCUAGAAUAAUAAUUUGCUGGAUGCUGAUGUGACUUACUGCGAAAACAAACAUUCCCGUUAUUGACUUUCUGUAACUGCAUGCUGCAUGCAGCACAGGCCCACCUUAGGCUGUCCUAUCCUUGAGAGUAUCUGUUUAAUGUGCACAGCCCAUUGCAGACACCACAUGUCAAACUAUUUUUAACUGGCAUUAACGCUCACACCAUCAACGUGUUGAAUUAGGGUCUGAGUAGUCUUUUGGCAGUAGUGUGAGUGUGGACAGCCACCAUACUUCUUAGUUGGGUAUCUGAUCAUUAUCAAAAAACUUCAUGCAUCAGCACUAUUGUUGUUAUUAUGGUUAUCAACAAUUGCAUCAUAUAAAGAAAUAUAAAAAUAUACUUAAAUAAAUAUCUAUUUUUGUAAAUUAUAGCAUACUUUUUACAGGCCUAAUCAUUAUAUUAAUUAAUGAUUAUUAAUUAUAGCACUGCUAUUGUUACGCACUGGCUUCUAUUGUGAGAAAUUAAUCUCUUGUUUUAAGUUAUGGCUCGUUCAAACAGUGCCUAACAAAGGACGAUACCAUAGAUAAAUACAAUAACAAAAUUACGACACCCAAAACAGUUGCCAAGUACAGUUAAUAAGAUUUAAUUGAGUAAUAAUACAAUAAUUUAGUAAUAAUACAAUUACAAAACAAAGGAAAAAUCAUUACAAAUCAUCAACUUACAGAGUAUUGGAAAAUCUCGUACCGGUACUCAAUUUGUACAAUGUGCCAAUUAAUAAUGAUGAAUGAAGAAUGCGAAUAAACACAUGAGCACACAAAGAAUAAUACGUGUCUCGUAAAGUUAAUAAUAUCUCUUUGAAUCUAUCUCCGUCCUCUGUGUCUCUCAAUCAUUUAUAUAUUGCGGUCUACCGACGCGUCUAGAAACGCCCCUACUUUUCUAAUAUAAUCGAGAACCUUCGACAAGAUACUAAUAGGCCUACUAACCAUUUUAAUUGGAAGCCGGUAGUAAACAACAUACAUCAAAGACUAAGCCACGCCCAAAACUAACGCUACCGUCUGCUAAGGAUCUAAUGUGGGGUGAAACAAAGUUCAAGCACGGGAAAAGUGUACUACAUAACACAAUCUUUUAAAUAAAGUCAGUAAAGCAUGAAUCAUCAUGGAAAAACUAGCCUCUAAAAAAAAAUUAAAAGAAGGUGCAGUCCAAAAAUAUAUUCUGCACCUGAGAAUAUUGUAGCCCUGAGCCUGAAUCAUGAGCAUGAUUCAUGAAAAGCUGAACCACACAAGCCAAUAUGACACCAUGGAAAAACAUAGUUGCUGUUUGCUAUCUCAAAAAGAGCUCCACGUUGUAGCCUCAGUAGAUGCAGUCUUAGAACACUUAGUACCUAGCUAGUUAGGUCCAAUGAUUAGCUAUGUUGACUGCAGUCUUUGGUUUAUCAAGUUUACAGCCGCUGUGGUAAACAAAGCUGCUUAGUAAAAAUUUUGAAGUAAUUAAAUAACUUAAAAUGGGAAAUGCCUAGCCUAGGCCUAGGUGCUUCAAUUUAAUUGAUUUCGGCUUAAAAUUAAAUACACUAAAUAUACUAUUUUACAAUCUUGAAUUUUAGCUGCAUUAAAAGUAAAUUAAUGGUUCAUUAAUGAAAUUAUGAAUAUUUUUGUUAAAAUUCAUUUUUAAUUUGAAAAUACUGUCACUGGCCUUUGUCUAAACGAGGGGUGGCCAACCCAAAAGAUUUCGCUGGCCACCUUGAUAAUAAUAGUGUGUGAACCAUUCACGGACGCAUAUCAUUAUACCUUAUACUUACAUCAAAUUAAACACCCACUAAAUCCUGCAUAGAAUUGUUAUCUAUUCUUAAUGACAUAAUACAUUUUUUUAUCAGCAAAAUAAAAAAAUAGAAAAAAAAAAUGUAACUCAUGUGAUAUAAUUUUUGUCUUCUCUCACUUAACUUUUAAAAACUGAUUUCUUUGUCUAUUGAAUGAAGAAAUAUAAGUUUAUUGUGAUAAAUCGGGCAUCCAUGGGCUGCAAUAUUUAAUGUGACUGGCCACAGGUAGUGUAGCUGGCCACAGGUUGGCCACCUCUGGUAUAAAGAAAGUGGCUUAAAAUUUUAAACAUACGACAUAUCCUUAACAUAUAUUAUAAGGCCAUUGAAUAAAAUCAUAAAAUUAGCUUCAACUAGAGAGUCAAGAAUUUAUAUUAAAUUAUAUGCUACACCCUAUACAGAUUCUGCAACAAAUCAAGUAAAGAAAGAAAUGCCUGCAAAGGACAUGAGACCACUUUACCUUGAUGCACAAGCCACCACACCUUUGGUAAGGCUAUACAUUUUAAUUAUCUUAUAAGUCAUAUACUGUUAACCACCAACAGUUUUGCUUGCUAGUUUUCUGCAUUCAGUGACAUUGAUAUCUUAUAAUAUUAGUAAUUGUAACGUCUGCAACACUGUCACUUUUAUAAAACAAGAAGAACAAAAUUUAACUUGCUACUUAUUCAUUGUAACUUUUGCUUAUUUCUGCUAUCAGUUAUUUCUUUUUUUUUUCUUUUGAAUUAAGCGCCUACCGGGUAGUUACAUUUUCUAAAUGUCUCCUACUUGCAUUAUUGAGGUUUGAAAACCUAUUUUCAGACUGAAUUAGAGACUCAAAAUGGUGAUUAGAAUGAUUGGAUCCCAUUGUCAAUAAAAAAAUUCUAUCUAAUCAUUACAGUAUGAGUAAUAAAAUAAAUAAAUAUUAUAAUUCUUGUUUUCAAGGAUCCUAGAGUCCUGGAUACAAUGAUGCCAUACUUGAUGAGUCAGUAUGGUAAUCCACAUUCACGAACACAUGCUUAUGGUUGGGAAAGUGAAGCAGCUGUAGAAAAGGCAAGAAAGGUAAUAUGAGUGCCAGUACCAUGGGCUUUGAGGAUGACUUUUUCUUCUUUAAAAGCAAAUUUAUACUGUGUGAAAUUUUGUCAAAAUUACACAUCUAAUGAAAAUAAUUAAUCCAAUGUUAUUUAUUUAUUUUUAUUAACUAAGUAAAUAAAGCAUAUACAAUAUUAUAUGAGCACUUCAAAGAUUAACAACUUAAAAUAAAAAUACUGUAUAUGAAUAUAACUAAUGUGAUCAGAUAAAUUUCAGGGAUAUAUUUAAUUAAUAAAAAAUCACCUCCAGAUUUUUAACAAAACUGCAAAAAUGUCAAACAGAAAGUUAAUAUGGCAUCACUUUAUGUUCACAAGAGAUGCUGGGUAUUGGAACAACUUCAUUAAUGAUGAAUGGUAUAAUCAAAUAGUCGUGUCAUAGUUCAAUAAUCUGGUGCAAUGUCCUUUUAAAACAAUAUGUUUACUGCUCAUCACAGCAAGUGGCAAACUUAAUUGGUGCUGAUCCUCGAGAAAUCAUUUUCACAAGUGGUGCAACAGAGUCCAACAAUAUAUCCGUCAAAGGUGUUGCUAGAUUCUACAAAGAAAAGAAAAAGCACAUUAUAACAACACAGACGGUAAGUGGGGUUUUUUUGUAUGCAUAAUUUAUAUAUAAGAUUCUCUCUAUAAUUUUAUCAUUAAGAUAUGAUAUAUAACGAUGUUAAUUUUGAAAUUAUUUUUGGCAAAGCAUUUACUGAUCUGAGGAAUCUGGUUAUAAAACAAUUAUCUGUUUCUACAAUGCAAUCUCAACUGUAUUGCACAUCUAGGUCAGAUUGAUUUGAUGCAUGAUAAGUUCCCAAGCGGCAGUUCAAAGUUUAUCUGUUAUUUAGAACUUACAAACUAACUCUCCUCCCUGUUCCGUUUUUAUGCCAAAGUUUGGGACUAGCAUAUGAAAAUUCUCCUUAACAGGUUUGAAAUAUUUUCUGUGUUUCUGAUUUGAUUGUUAGUUUCAGUUAUCUUCCCUUUCAGGAACAUAAAUGUGUCCUAGACUCUUGUCGAGCUCUGGAGGCAGAAGGUUUUGAGAUUACCUACCUUGGUGUACACCACAAUGGAAUCCUUGACUUAAAGGUCUGUGUUGUAGUGUUAUGUAAGCAUACUUCUAGACUGUAUACUUAAUGCACAUUACUUUUUUUUUUUAAAGCUAAUAUAUGAAAUAUAUCUAUAUAGCUUAAUUUUUUACUCGGCAUACAGAGACAUAUCUAUUUAGCUAAACUUUUGACCAUGAGUACACAGACAUAUCUAUUUAGCUAAACUUUUGACCUUGAGUACAGAGACAUAUCUAUAUAACUAAAUCAAUUAAAAGAAGCACACCACAUUUUUUAAACUCAAAUUAUGUUAACGCUUAUCAAGACUUGAAACUUUGAAAUGAGCUGAGCCAACACAUUUUUUAAACUCAAAUUAUGUUAAUGCUUAUCAAGACUUGAAACUUUGAAAUGAGCUGAGCUGAGCGAACACAUUUUUUGUUUAGUACAAAAAAGAAACAACAACACGUUUCCACAUUUUGAAACAUAAUAUAAAAUUAUUUUCGCCUGGUGGGCAGGAGCUGGAAAAGAGCAUUCGUCCCGAGACUGUGUUGGUGUCUGUUAUGGCCGUCAACAAUGAAAUUGGAGUGAAACAGCCAAUAUCAGAAAUAGGUACUUUUGAUUAAACAAUGUCUUCAAUGCCUAAGGUUAAUAAAAUGGCAUAAUUUCCUGAGUUCCCUGUAACAAAAAAAAACCCAUUCAAAUUAAGAACAUCUUGCUUAAGAAAGCGGACAAAAAGUAAAAAAACAAUCAAGUUAUUUCUCAUUUUCAAUAGUCUGACUUGAAAUAAACCUGAUCUUAUGUAGUUAAAAGUAGUUUUUAUUCCCCUCUUGAUCUGACAAACCAGAAUAAAAUGUGCGUAGUUGGUUUAUAUUGUGGGUAUUUGGGAGUCAUAAAACUACAUAUUUUUGGGACUACUUGUCAUUAGGAAUUCCGCAGUGUCUGUCGCCAGGGCUGCAUAGUUUUGUUUUAUCUGGCUAAUUUAUAUUUUUAUUCAAUAACUAUUCAGUUUGUCCUUGUGUUUUUGCCCUUUCAUUUCUUUUGUUCUUUCUCGUGGCGAUUGCGAGCCAUUUUGGCUGUAUGGCCAUAAUUGAUGUUAACCCAGGUCACGCUUUUAAAAUUCCAACCUUCUGUUUUAUAUAAUGAUCAGCCAAAUCAAUUUUGCUUUAAAAAAUGCGAAGCGCUACAAAUUACAACCAAUGACUCAUGACUGUUAUUGGUUACUGCCAGAGAUUUAUGUCUGUGUCCUAUGUCGCUAAAGUUUGUUAUCAUGUUUCUUGUUUUGAAAAGACAGUUAAGAUCUUUGUUUACACUUGUCUUUUUAGGAGCUCUUUGCAGAUCAAAGAAAGUUUUCUUCCACACUGACGCUGCUCAGGCUGUUGGUAAAAUACCUAUUGAUGUGAACAAGAUGAAUAUUGACUUAAUGUCCAUCAGUGGCCACAAAAUAUAUGGCCCAAAAGGUAAUCUGUUUUAUUACAUUUUAAUGGGGUUCAGAUCUUUGUAUUACUGAGGAAACACUGAUUUAUUAUGACACAACUUUGUCAUGUUAAGUUAGAUAACUGCAAUGAAUUGGUUUUAUAAGUGUGGUCAGGAUGUAGAUGGAAUGUAUAGAGUUGGGGAUGCAUUGUUUACAUAGGGCCAGUUAUGUGAUUGGUCCAAGUGUAAAUGGCAAUCACGACUGCUUAACAUCAUCAAGCAGUUCCACGAAAACAUGCAGGGCACAGUGUGCUACAACGGUGCCGCCUCAGAAGCUUUUCCAGUGAGUAGUGGAGUGAAGCAAGGUUGCAUGCUGGCUCCUACUUUAUUUGCAAUCUUUUUCUCCAUCCUACUCCAGUAUGCCUUUCAGAACAACAGCGAGGGGAUAUACAUCCACACUAGAGAUGACGGCAAAUUAUUCAACAUUGCCCGCCUUAGAGCUAAGACUAAAACAAGAAAGGUCUUGCUGCGGGAGUUCUUGUUUGCGGACGAUGCCGCUUUGGUAUCUCACACAGCUGACGGCCUGCAGAGCCUCGUAUCCAGCCUAUCCGCUGCCUGCAAAGAGUUUGGCCUGACAAUUAGCCUAAAGAAAACUAACAUUCACACAGCUGACGGCCUGCAGAGCCUCGUAUCCAGCCUAUCCGCUGCCUGCAAAGAGUUUGGCCUGACAAUUAGCCUAAAGAAAACUAACAUUAUGGCACAGGGCGCUGACUCCCUCCCCACUAUCGCCAUCGACGACUACGACUUGGAUACUGUUGACAGAUUCACAUAUCUGGGAUCCAACAUAUCGAGCACCCUCUCAAUGGAGGAUGAGAUAAGUGGAAGGAUAGGGAAGGCCGCAACUGUUAUGGCCAGACUGAAGAAAAGAGUCUGGUCAAACGCCAAACUCACAACAAGAACUAAGCUGCAGGUGUACCAGGCCUGCAUACUGAGCACACUCCUGUAUGGAUGCGAGUCGUGGACUACAUACUCUAAACACGAAAGAUGCCUGGGUCACAUCCUUGACAUUAAAUGGCAAGACAAAGUCCCCAACACGGAUGUCCUGUCCCAAACAAACAUGUGUAGCGUCCCAGCCAUGUUAAUCCAAAGACGCCUCCGCUGGCUUGGACACGUCAAGCGAAUGCAACUUGGUCACAUACCAAAGGACGUGCUAUACAGCGAGCUGGCAACAGGGAAAAGGUCAGUGGGACGGCCUCGUCUGAGAUACUUAGACAUAUGCAAAAGAGACAUGAAGUCGGCUAACAUCGACAUCUCAAACUGGGAGGAGCUGGCAGAGGAUCAAUCCUCAUGGCGGGGCAUCGUGAAGGCAGGAUCACUACAUGCCGAGGAUCAAAACAGGGCGGAAACAGCUGCAAAAAGAGUGAGGAGGAAGGCCAGUAAAUACUGCUCCACCGCAUUCGUGUGUGGGAAAUAUAACAGAGACUGCCAUUCGAGGAUUGGUCUCACCAGCCACACCAAGAGCUGCAAACAAUAAAGAUAAUCUAUCGUCUCCCGCAGACGGAAAGAUGCCAUACAUACAUACAUACAAAUGGCAAUCAACAAGUGAGGGGAAUAAAUGCUGUCUCAACACAUGUCAUAAGCAGUUAUCAUUGCAGUGUGUUAAUUUAUGUUGAGAUUGGUGUUCCUGAGUGUGGGCCAUCUUGUUUGAGGUGAGCAAGUAGUUUUCAUUAUGUGCAAUUUGUGGUUUUGAACACAGUGUAAUAUUAAAGAAUAGAUUGUAAAUAAAGAUCCCUGCAUUGUAUAUUCUGUUGUCAUCCAGUGUGGACGAAAGCAUUUGUUGUACAGAGUUGUACCCUAGACAACAAUUAAAGCUUAUCAAACUGCCCUUCUGUUACAAUACCUGUGCAGGAGUUAGCUACUUAGGAACUUGUCCUCAGGAAGGAAGCUCGGAAGCUCGUAACAAUGAUAAUAAAAAGAAACUUGCUAUUAACAAAUUUAAAUAACCUAAGGCGUUUAUGAAUCAUUUAAAAAGUCUUAUAAAGUGUUAUUUUUUCCAAAUUUAAACACAAAUGGAGAACUGGAGGUGAAAAAAAAUGCAAGCUAUAAACAUUGUUAUCUGUAUAUCAUCCACCUAGGUGUUGGUGUCAUAGCUUUCUUACUUGUAUAUCAUAGCCAUAGAUGUUGGUUUCAUAGCUUUCUUACCUGUAUAUUAUCACCCGUUUGUGUUGGUGUCAUAGCUUCACCCGUAUGUCAUCGCCGAAGGUUUUGUUGUCAUAACUUUGUUUCCUGUAUAUCAUCCCCGUAGGUGUUGGUGCCCUGUUUGUAAGGAGAAGGCCAAGAGUCAGGGUUGAAGCCUUACAGAGUGGAGGCGGCCAGGAGAGAGGCAUGAGAAGCGGCACAGUGCCAACACCUUUAGUUGUAGGUCUAGGAGCAGCAUGUCAGCUGGCACAGGAGGAAAUGGAUGUAAGGUUUCUUACAAGUGCUUGUAAAAGGAUUAACUUUAAGAUGUACAUUUUUUUUUUGAAUGUGUGGUGAAUAUUAGUAAAUAUGUUGGAGGACAAUCUGAUUACUAUUUCCAUUUAGAUUCUCUGAAUAAAUUUUUCUUUUUACAUUUAUGAAAUUACUUCAUAGUUCCAGCUGUUUAUUACAAACCAUAAAAUAUUUUUUUGCCCCUUUAAAGUAUGAUGCCAAAAGGAUUGGUGCAUUAUCAAACCACUUGAUCAACAAAAUUAUGGAGGCUUGCCCAAAGGUGAUCAGGAAUGGUGACAGUGAAAAAACUUAUCCAGGUGAGUCAAUAGAACUGUGUCUUAAACAUGUUACUGUCACUCACAAUUUUAGUUUCAUUGAAAAGAUGUUUGGGUUUUUAUCAUUUCCUCCAGAUCUGUGUUGGGAUUUGGGCAGCAGUUUCCAUGGACAAUGUUAAUUUCUUAAUGCCUUUUUGAAAUGUUUCCCUCCCAGUCUUCUGAGGCGUUCCUCUUUCCCUUGGGUGUUAUCCGCUCUUGAUAACAACUGAUAUAAACAAGCUCAGUUGUCUGCUCCUUCUUAUGACUGUUCAGUUUCAUUAUAGUGAUAACUGUAGCUACUUAUCUCAGAAUAAAGGGCAGGCACUCUGUUGCAUUUUUAGAUAAAUUCUAUAUUUUAAAAAUGUCAUUUUAUCGUUGAAAAAACUACCAUAUAUUGUUAUUAAUAUCAGGGGUAGAUGCAUUCAUGGUACUCUGUGGCUAUGAUACCUGAAUUUUUUUCCAGCUUUCCCCUGAUUUCUUUUCAAAUUCAAGUUAAAAAAAUAUUUGUAAAAAAUAUUAAAAUUACUGGCUCUGUAGAAAAAAGGGAUAGCUUCUUCUAAGUUAUUUUCAGUUUUUUCAACCCCUGACUUAUAACACAAAUUUAAUGAAGCUAAAGCCUUGUAAAUCUGUCCCUCAGGGUGUGUGAACCUCUCCUUUGCCUAUGUUGAGGGUGAGAGUCUUCUCAUGGCGCUUAAAGAUAUAGCGCUAUCAUCAGGAAGGUACUUACUGUUCCAUUUAAAUUAACCGGUUUCAAGAACCUGGCAAUCUUAAAGACUUCGGCGGCACACAAGUAACAACAUGCAAAAAUAUACAAAAUAACAUAAAAUAGUUAACAGUCUUAAUUGCUUGUUAGGCUAAAAUGUAUCAGAUUACACUGUAUUGCUCCAGAUUCUACCCUAAAAUAACAGUCUUAAUUGCAUGUUAGGCUAACAUGUAUCAGAUUACACUCUAUUGCUCAAGAUUCUACCCUAAAAUGUACUCAACAGUUCAACACUAACUUAGAUUUUGUUUUUAAGUCAUGACUUUUUGUCCUAUUUAUGUUACAGCGCAUGCACCUCAGCAUCACUUGAACCUUCAUAUGUGUUACGAGCUAUUGGAACCGAUGAGGACUUGGCUCAUUCAUCAAUCAGGUUAAGAUUGACUUGACCUACUGAGUUUAAUAGAUUAUUUAUAGCUGAAGUUGUUGCUGUGAAAAUGUAUUCACUCAAUUUUAAUUUUUUUAAUAAGUACAGCUCGUAAUAGUUAUAUUUUAUAUUAUGUACUCAUUUAGAUUUGGAAUAGGGAGGUUCACAACAGAGGAGGAAAUAGACUUCACCAUUCAAAAGUGUGUUACACAUGUCAAGAGGCUAAGGGAAAUGAGGUAAGCUUAUAUGGUUAUUUCCACUCUUGAUCCACUCAACAAAUUACCAAUGUAAACUUAUGGAAAAUUCAAAGGUAUUUGUAUAUUGUUACAGCUGUUCAUAUAAUGUUCAUAGCAUGUCUUUAAUAAAUGUCCAUCAGCCAACCCUUACUUUAACAGAGACGUGAAUGCAGUCACAACUGAUACCUUGUGCUAUCAAUAGUUUUAUUUAUCUCUAUAAAAUAUACAAAUUGAUAAGUAUUCAUUGUAUGUUUUCCAAACUUAUUCUUCAGUCCCCUGUGGGAGAUGGUUCAAGAGGGAGUUGAUCUGAAAUCUAUCAAAUGGACACAGCACUAGUACUGUCUGCAAGACAGAAAUUCCCCAACUGGAUAUACACACCUAUGAAUUGUUCUCACCAUUGUCGUCAAUAAUUUGUAAAGUAGAAAUUUGAAGAUAUUGAAAAUGUAUUCAGUCCCUUACAUAUUCUAUGAUAGCUUUUACUUUCUUAUGGUUACAUUAUUCCAAGCUUUAAGAGGAUAGAUGUGUAAAUAUUAAUUAAAUUUGGUUCCACAAUAGUUAAGUUUUCUCAUUACUUUUGUUCUGUGUCUCUUCACACCUGAUUGACUCGUAUGCCACAUCACAUUUUAAAUUUUAGUUCAGGUCAGAGGUAUCUUUACUUUAUCCUAAAUUAAAUAACUAACAGCUAAUGCAUUAUUAAAACAACCAUAACGUGGCAUUGCUGGUCUUCAAAUUUUAAAGGUUGAACAAAACUGGUCAAACUUUUUCUUAAAUAUUUUCAGUCCACUGGUGAGAUUUUCUUUUGGAUGUUACGAAAAAAUAUUUCCUUUACUUACAUUUGCUAUUUCAUAUUGUAUCCAUAAUAAGGGAUUAUUGAAAGUUAUUUUAAUGAAAAAGGACAGUGAUAUUGAUAAAAGAUGACGUGGAAAAACAUGUUGAUUUUUGGCAAGAAUUAGGUUCUAUGAAAUAGAGGGUGGAACGUGCCAAUGUUUCCCGGUGGAUAAUAAUGAAGUUUCUCUGCAAUUAUUGUCAGAUGUGGGAAGAUUUCUUGGUAUUUCAAAUUCAAACCACUUAUUUAAAUAGUAUGUUGAAUGUCUGUACCAUCAAGUUGCUAUGAAAUACUCUCCUGUAAAUAUUUUGUAUUUGAUAUAAAAAUAAACUUUAAACAGUUA